AGAAUGAAUUUCAGGACUUCUUACUAAGUAUACAGAUAAUCAGUCACUGAGUGAUCAGGGCUAGCUGAGUUUUCCUACUAGGUACCUGGAGAAAGAGAGAGAUGGAUGCAGAGGCUGAAGACAAAACACUACGGACCCGUUCUAAAGGAACCAAGGUGCCCAUGGAUUCUCUAAUCCAGGAGCUCAGUGCCACAUACGAGUGCUCCGCGGUGAAGAAGAGGAGGGCCGAAGAGCAGGCGCUAGGUGUGCCCAUCAACAAGAGGAAGUCCCUGCUGAUGAAGCCACGGCACUACAGCCCCCACGCAGAGGGCAAGCCAGACGGUGGCGACGGCAGAGAGGCAGAGGAGGACGGCAGCCUCCUGGAAAGCAACCACCGCCUUCCCACAGAAGAAGUAAUGAUGAAAGGUCUGGAUGAGAACCUUCCUUCGGUGGUGCAGGAUCACCCCCAUGGGAAGGAAGACAGCUACGGUUGUUACCAAGAGCUCGUGGUCAAAUCUUUGAUGCACUUAGGGAAAUUGGAAAACAAUGUGUGUGUUCAGUCCCUGAGCGAAAACUUCAACGACAGUGGCAUCCAGUCUCUCAAGGCGGAGAGCGAGGAUGCCGAUGAGUGCUUCUUGAUUCAUUCCGAUGACGGGAAGGACAAAGCCCAGGAGUCCCAGCUCCAGUUCUGCUCCUCAGAUGACAACGAAAGUAACUCUGAGAGCGCAGAGAACGGCUGGGACAGUGGAUCCAACUUCUCAGAAGAAACCAAACCACACAGAGUCCCAAAGUUCCUCUUAGUGGAUAAUAGAAAAGACCUAUUGGAAAUUCCCGAAAUAAAAACUGAGGCUGACAAAUUUCUCUCCUGCGAAAACCCGUGUGAUUCCGAAACCGACAGGAGAGACCCCCAGAGGGCCCCCAUGGACGCCCUGGGGGGGCAAGCCCAGCCCUCGUUCCAGGGGACGGAGGAGGAUGACAAGGAGUGCCUGGCUGAGGUGGCGAAAGAGCCCGGGGACCUGGAGAAAGCCAAAGGGAACUUGAGUUUGCUGGAGCAGGCCAUUGCUCUGCAGGCCGAGCGGGGCUGUGUCUUCCAGAACACCUACAAGGAGCUCGACAGGUUCUUGCUGGAGCACCUCGCAGGGGAGAAGAGGCAGACCAAAGCUAUGGACAUGGGUGGGAGACAAAUCUUCAACGCUAAACAUUCACCACGGCCUGAAAAGCGAGAGACCAAGUGCCCCAUCCCGGGGUGUGAUGGCACGGGGCACGUGACCGGACUCUACCCCCACCACCGGAGCCUCUCAGGGUGCCCCCACAAGGUCCGAGUGCCCCUGGAAAUUCUUGCCAUGCAUGAAAAUGUGCUCAAGUGUCCGACCCCGGGGUGCACCGGAAGAGGUCACGUCAACAGUAACCGGAACACCCACCGGAGUCUUUCUGGUUGUCCAAUUGCUGCAGCUGAAAAGUUGGCAAUGUCCCAGGACAAAAGUCAGCUUGAAUCUCCAAAACCCGGUCAGUGUCCUGACCAGAUCCACAGGACAAGCUUGGUGAAGCAAAUUGAAUUCAAUUUUCGAUCCCACGCCCUCUCAUCUCCCAGAGCCUCGGUGUCCAGUGAACAAGAGAAGUUUGGGAAAGUACCAUUUGAUUAUGCCAGUUUUGAUGCCCAGGUUUUUGGGAAACGUCCCCUCACACAAACAGGGCAAGGACGGAAAACACCACCGUUUCCUGAAUCAAGGCCUUUCUCCAAUGCAGGGAAACUUCCUAGCCGCCUGCCCGGUGCAGGCACCCGCACACAGAGCCCAGGCCAUGCCAGCUCUUGCAGCUAUGGUCAGUGCAGUGAAGACACCCACUUAGCAGCAGCUGCCGCUAUUCUGAACCUUUCCACCCGCUGCAGGGAAGCGGCCGGCAUCCUCUCCAGCAAACCGCAGAGCCUGCAUGCCAAGGGAGCCGAGAUAGAAGUGGACGAAAACGGCACGUUGGACUUAAGCAUGAAAAAACAUCGCAUCCUGGACAAAGCUGCCCCCCUCGCCUCCUCGAAUGCUUCUAUCCCAACUCCCUCCUCCUCCCCCUUCAAAACCAGCAGCAUUUUGGUCAAUGCAGCGUUCUAUCAAGCCCUCUGUGACCAGCAGGGAUGGGACACGCCUAUCAACUACAGCAAAACUCACGGCAAGGCAGAGGAAGAGAAAGAGAAAGAUCCAGUCAGCGCCCUAGAAACUUUAGAAGAAAAGAAGUUCCCUGGAGAAUCCUCUAUUCCAAGCCCUAAGCCCAAGCUCCACACGAGAGAUCUCAAAAAGGAACUAAUCACAUGCCCUACACCAGGAUGUGAUGGAAGUGGUCACGUGACAGGGAACUACGCGUCCCAUCGCAGUGUUUCUGGAUGUCCUUUGGCGGAUAAGACUCUUAAAUCCCUCAUGGCUGCUAAUUCCCAGGAGCUUAAGUGUCCCACCCCCGGCUGUGAUGGCUCUGGGCAUGUGACCGGGAACUACGCCUCCCACCGAAGUUUGUCCGGCUGUCCUCGGGCCAGGAAAGGUGGCGUCAAAAUGACUCCCAUGAAGGAGGAAAAAGAAGACUCUGAACUCAAAUGUCCUGUCGUGGGGUGUGACGGCCAAGGUCACAUAUCAGGCAAAUACACAUCCCACCGCACGGCUUCUGGCUGUCCCCUGGCUGCCAAGAGGCAGAAGGAGAAUCCCCUCAACGGACCCCCCCUCUCCUGGAAACUGAACAAGCAAGAGCUUCCACACUGUCCCUUGCCCGGCUGCAAUGGACUGGGCCAUGUAAACAAUGUGUUUGUCACCCACAGAAGCUUAUCUGGAUGUCCUUUAAAUGCACAAGCCAUCAAAAAGGGCAAGGUUUCAGAGGAGCUGAUGACCAUCAAGCUGAAGGCGACUGGAGGGAUAGAGAGUGAUGAAGAAAUUAGGCAUUUGGAUGAAGAAAUAAAGGAAUUGAAUGAAUCAAACCUUAAAAUUGAAGCAGAUAUGAUGAAACUUCAGACACAGAUCACAUCUAUGGAGAGCAACUUGAAGACCAUCGAGGAGGAGAACAAACUCAUCGAGCAGAACAAUGAGAGCCUCCUGAAGGAGUUGGCAGGCCUGAGCCAAGCUCUCAUUUCCAGUCUGGCCGACAUCCAGCUCCCACAGAUGGGGCCCAUCAGUGAGCAGAAUUUUGAAGCGUAUGUAAAUACCCUCACAGACAUGUACAGCAACCUGGAGCAGGACUACUCCCCGGAGUGCAAGGCGCUACUGGAAAGCAUCAGACAGGCCGUGAAGGGCAUCCACGUGUGAGC